AUGUCUUCUCAAGGAAACGGCAAUGAUGACUCUCACAUGAUCGAUGAUGAUCAACAGCAAGAGGGAACAGCAACAACGCCAGGCACUCCAUCAAGCAGAAAAAGCAUAGACCCUCUUAAACUCACGGUCAGAGAGUUGAAGAGUAUUCUCAAAGAUUACGUCGAGUUACCACCCGAACAACAAAAGAAGGCUUACUAUGUAGAUUUGUACAACAAAUAUGUUGUAAAUGCUACUGGAGAUGCUACUACUCCUGCAUCAUCGGAUAAGAAACGUAAAUCCGAUGCUGUGGAAAAUAUUGCCUCUGAUGAUGAAGAGGAGAGCCAAGAACCAGAACACAAAAAAGUUAAGCCAACAUCACAGUCUCCACAAAACGAGUUUCAACAAGCAAGUCAAGCAAAAUCACCAGCUGCAAGUAGUAGCGAGAUCACUUCAAAUGUUGAAGUUACGAGAAAAACAAAAUCAUUGGCUCCUUCCGAUCUUCCACAAAAACCAAGCGAGGAAACACCAACUACAAAUGCAGCUAAUAGAAGAAAAACUGUUGGUACUGCUGCAUCUUCGUCAGGCCGUUCAACACAACAAAUGAUUUACAGAAAAAAAACUAGCGAAAUUAAUCCAAAGUUGUUCCAAACAACUCCAAUAUCAAGCAGAAUUUCUGUUUCAUCUCCUUUUGUUCACGACAAUGCAGAGGGCGUAGAUCCAAGACCAAGCGAAGUGGAAAGCAGCUCAUCAGUGAGACAAGUCCUACUUAGUACCUUCAUGUUACUUGUUUGGUCUGUACUAUUCUUCUGCAUUUAUUUAUUCUUCUUUGGACAAAGAGAUCCUCAUUUGCCUUAUGGAGGUGUCUACUGCAAUUCUGAAGACGGUCUUCUCAGAUUGAAACCUGAGGAAGGAUGUUUACCUUGCCCUGAUUAUGGCUAUUGUAUUGGAGGAAGACUACUCAAGUGUGACGACGGUUAUAUCAUGAAAAACGCUGUUUGUGUGAAGGAUGAAAGAAUUCCACUUGCUAGUAUUCAACUCAUUAAUGAUCUACAAGCCGAGUUGUCAAGUUUGGCUGGAAAAUACGAAUGUGGAGAAGCAAAACAAAAGACAAAACGAUUGGAAGACGUCAAAAAGUCUCUUGCAACAAAGCCAUAUGCUGUCGGACUAGAUGAAAAUUUGGUGAUGGACCAAGUCGCUCAGCUCAUCAAGAGCUCUCCUGAAAACUUCCAGCUUGUAAUUUCUGAAGAAAUAAUUGACAAUUCUGACGGAAAAGUUUCAGUAAUUUAUUCAACCAAUCCAUCUCUUCCUUUCCAAUGCAGAGUGUCAAAAACUGUAACGGAAAAUAAGGGAGUUAUUGGUACUAUUCUGAUUUUGGCCAUUUUUGUUGUCAUUGGAAACGUAAUCAAGAAGAGAGUUGACAAGGAACGAGUAGAUUUCGAAGACCUUGUUAGAAUUGCAUUGACAAGAAUUAAGGAAAGAUCUGAGAUUAUUGUUGAGCACUUGAGAGAUGAACUCAAGGAAGACUAUGGCGACCAAAUUAACGUGGACAAGUUGUGGCCAAAAGUUGAAGACUUCCUUAGUCAAGACACUCGCAUCAGAGAGGCUCCAGCUCAACAAGGUAGAGCUUAUGCUUGGAAUGUCAUUGACAAUCAAUCAACACCAAGAGCUUCGACACCUUCAGAAUAA